CCCGCAACCCAAAUCCCAAACUCAUUCCAAAUUAGAAAAGGACUCCCUAUCCUAUAUAUAUACACGCACGCCACACAAAAAGAACGUAACAGACCCUAUGCCGAAGAGAGAAAAGAGAAGGGAGCAGAGCUGCUGCCCGAACGCCGGGAAAAAGGUUGUCGCCGCCGCCACUCUAGCGUUGCUGCUCCGCCGUCACCGGGAAGCUGACCGACGUCGCUGCUUCGCCGUCACCGGAAAACAGCCCCGCCACUGUUCGCUUGGUCAUUGGUUCAAUUCGUCAAUUUGUUUUAAUUCGUCAAUUAAUCGAGGUAACAUAAAUGAUGAAUAAAGAACUAUCCUGGAGGGCAGCGAGGGCAGAGAGAUGGAUGGAUGCUGCCUGGAGGAGUUUAUUAUUUAAUACUUAAGUUUGAAUUAAUUAUGUUUUUAAGGGCAAGAACCCAACGUUGUAUUUUGAUUAAAUACUUAAAGGCUUC